AUGGCUCAAAAUAAUACCCCUCCGCUCCCGGAGGGUAUUUUCUCGUUGCUUGAUACGGAUCUGUACAAAUUGACGAUGCAAUGCGCCGUCCUCAAGUACUUCCCAGAUGUUUAUGUCACAUAUGGUUUCACAAAUCGCACCCCGGAUAUGAAGUUAACGCGGGGUGCUUACAAAUGGCUUCUGGCACAGAUGGAUGCGAUCGCGAAUAUCCGAGUCACGAAUGAGGAGAUCGAGUUUCUAAAGAAGUGGUGCCCGUACUUCAACAACGCUUACCUGGACUACCUGACCAACCUCAAGCUCAAGCCGUCAGAACAGAUCGAAAUUCACUUCUCGCCGCAGCAGGAUACUGGCAGCGACAAUGAUCUCGGCAACGUCAACUACGUCGUCAAGGGUCUGUGGGUGGAAACGAUCUUGUACGAGAUCCCACUGCUGGCUCUGACAAGUCAGGCCUACUUCAUGUUCACCGAUAAGGACUGGGACUAUAGCUGUCAAGAGGACAAGGCUUUCCGGAAAGGAUGCGCGUUGUUGGAGAAUGGUUGCAUAUUUUCCGAGUUCGGCUCUCGAAGACGGCGCGACUACCACACCCACGAUCUGGUCAUGCAGGGAUUGAUGCAGGCUGCGGAGGAAGGAAAGAAGCAAGGAUGGAAGGGAGUGUUUACCGGCACGAGUAACGUCCACUUUGCCAUGAAGUACGGUGUGGCGCCUGUGGGCACUGUGGCCCAUGAAUGGUACAUGACCAUCGCUGCCAUCACGGAUGACUACGAGAACGCGAAUGAGAUGGCCCUGCGCUACUGGCUUGGCUGCUUUGGUGAAGGAGUUCUGGGCGUCGCACUGACCGACACAUUCGGCACGCCCGCUUUCCUCGACGCUUUCCGCAAACCCAUUCCUGCUUUCACCAGUGCAGGUGUCGGCGCAGUCUCCACCACCGCCUCCGGGCCCGGCACCACGACAGAAUCAACAGUACAGAGCGAGGCUACUACCAAACCCCCAAUUGCGGCUCCUCUGGUCAACGAUGCUCAAGGCGAGCAUGCCAACAAGACCUACGCCCAGGUCUACACCGGUGUCCGCCAGGACUCUGGCGACCCCACAUACUUUGUGAAGAUGGUGCGGGACUUCUACGACAGAGAGGGAGUCAAGGACCCGAAGACCAUUGUCUUUUCCGAUUCAUUAGACAUCGAGCACUGCCUUGAAUACAAGGUGAUCGCCGAAGAAGCCGGCUUCAAGCCUGUCUUCGGUGUCGGAACUUUCUUCACUAAUGACUUCACGAACAAAUCCGACGGCCAAAAAUCCAAGCCGCUCAACAUCGUCAUCAAGAUCGCCACCGCUAACGGCCGCCCAGCCGUUAAGCUGAGCGACAACAUGGGCAAGAACACAGGUGACAAGGAGACUGUACAAAGUGUCAAGAAGAAGCUUGGCUACAUUGAGCAUCAAUGGGAAGAGGGCGAUGAAAGCAACCGCUGGGCUCGCAAGUAG